ACGAAGACAUGGCAGAUAUGGGCGACAAUUGUGUCAUCGGGUUGUGGUCUUCGGGCAGUCCGUCCACUAGUGUCACGGCUGGCGAUGGUUUGCCUAAAGACGUCAAAUCGGGUGAUAACCAGUUGGAAGACUGGAACCGUUUGGCUACCUCUUGGAUCCCAUUGCGAGAUAAUAGGAGACGACUCGGGAAUAAAGGUGUGUUGAAUCUUGGGGUCAACACAACAACCGAACCCCUGAAAGACUGUGUGGAAGUGCCCGCACAUCACCUGCUGUUCCAGAUCGCCAAUAUAUGUUUCGUCUUAUCCUAUGCCAUACCUAAUGGCAAAUAUUGUAUUUUGUUUAUGCAUUCAAUGCUGGCGUUCGGCUGUCUAUUGGCGGCCGUCUGGUCGUGGAGUUUCAUAUGUGGCUCAGGAAUGAUUGGCUGAGUUAACGUUAUUUCGGGCAAUCAUUUCCUUCAUUGCAUUGAAAGCAAACAAUUCUUAGAUUCGCCGGAAUUUGAAAGCAGUAAAUCGGGAACUGAAGAGAAAUUCAAAGUGUCUCUCAUCGCCGCCACUUCCUGUCGAUACAUCUUCUGGCAAAGACAAUCACUCGAAUACCUUCUUAUUAAACAACAAUUCU